AUGCUCUCCAACAAAGACCAAAACUGGCCCCACCGGUCGUCCGAGAAAGGGCUCGUUUUCCAAUGCAAGGCGUGCAAGAAGAUGUUCGCCUCCCACCAGGCGCUGGGCGGCCACCGGGCGAGCCACAAGAAAGUCGAGGGCUGUUUUGCCUCCGGGCCGGAGCUCGAAGAAGAUUCGGGCCGGGAUGAGCCCGGGCCCUCUGUUUUGGCCCGGACCACGAACAAGACGAAGGUGCACGAAUGCUCGGUUUGCUUCCGGGUUUUCGCCUCCGGGCAGGCGCUUGGCGGUCACAAGAGAUGCCACUGGCUGACGAGCUCUGCCGAAAAUGCUUACAGUAUCCCGAGCUUUCAGGAGCUUCAGUAUGAUGAGUAUGACCACCAAAAGCCCGUGUACGUGCCUGCGCCGGAUCGCGACCUCCAGCUAGAUCUGAAUCUCAGUCUUUCGGCUCGGGAAAUCGAGGGUCGGGAUGGAUUGGAGACGAAGAAGCUAAGGAGGCUGAGUGACUUACCAGACGUGAACUAUGUGGAAGGGUGGCUACAAAUGGGGAUUGCAUCGGCUGCCGAAAUUUGA